AUGAACAAGGUUUUCCAGGUGCCACCAAACACGGCACACUCACCUGGAUACACCCCAAGGCACCCAGGGUACACAAGGACAAGCACCACCAAGGUCACCACCACCCAGCCGUGCCAGCCCAGGCUAGGAACCAACAGCCAUGCCCGCGGCCAAGGAACAAGCGGCAGCGCAAAGCGCCAGGAACCACCGCCUUCCAAUUUGCCUGGAUUCUUGUUCUGGCGGAUACGGGCUAUCUUUCCUCACCUGGCCUUUAUAACCAUCGGGGACACCCAGAUCGCGCUCCCAGCUGAUCUCCCACAUUUGUUUGUCGUCGACAACAACUGGAUCACAGACCACACUGCCCCUCAAGAACCUGAUCACGAGGGCAACGUAAACAACUUUCUCACCCCCGAUCAAAUCGUUAAGGAGGAUACCACCGCCGCAGUCAUGAACACUGUUACUCCCGAAUCUACCACCGCCGCCUUGGCUAAGGACGUGCCUCUCGAGAACAAGGAGGAGCUCCCCCAGGCUACCCCCUCCGACAUUCCCGGCGGCUUCCCCGUCACCCCCGCCAACGAGCUUGACAAGUUCAUUGGUGUGAACCCUAUCCCCGCCCAAGAUGUUACCGCUGAGCCCGUAACCGUCGCACCUGGCGAACCCCUUCCCGCGUCUGUCAAGGCUGGCGAUAUCAACGAGCACGUCAAGCUUGACAAGGAGGGUUACGAGGACUCUAGCGCUCUGCCCGGCCUCUCCAAGGAGGAGACCACCGUCCCUGAGGUUACCAGCAACACGAUCCCCGAGUCCAGCUUGCCCAUUGCGACCGCGGAUGUCACCAUCAACAGCGCCGCGCCCACAUCCACCACCGCUGCUCUGGCCGCCGAGGUUCCUCUCGAGACCAAGACUGCCGAGGUUCCCGAAAUUGUCAAGGAGAGCCAAGAGAAGGCCCACGCCGAGCCUGAGGCCAGCGCAAACCCCGAGGCCGUCCAGGAGAAAGCCGUUGUUGAGAACGAGCUCCUCGAGAAGACCAAGGAGGAGACCCGUGAGGAGGUCGCUCCCGAGGUUCCCACCGUCGUUAAGGAGUCUAUCGCCGAGGCCGGCAAGAGCCCCGAGGCUGCCGCCAACACCGAGGCUGUCAUCGAGAAGAAGGAGGUCGAGGCUGAGCUCCUCAAGGAGGUCAAGCCUAUCCCCGCCGUCGGUGAGGAGACCAAGGUCGAGGCCGAGAAGCCCAAGGUUGAGGCUGCCAAGGAGGAGGUCAAGGAGACCAAGGAAGAAGUCAAGGAGGGCGAGAAGACCAAGACUGAGGCCGUCAAGGAGGAGGCUAAGCUCGCUAAGGAGGAGGUUAAGGCUGCUGUCACCAAGGAUGACUCUACAAAGGAGGCUAACGGUGCCAACGGUGUUCACGCAACCGCCAACGGUGCCAACGGCGCCAGCCUCACCUCCACCAAGGAGCCCGAAGUUCCCACCACCCCUGCCAAGGCCCCGUCCUCCGUUCCCGAGUCAACGACACCGAGCAAUACAAAGGCCACCGAAAGCCCUUCGGGCACCGAGAAGAAGAAGAAGAACCGCCUGAGUGCCUUCAUCGGCAAGCUCAAGGCCAAGGUGCACAGCAAAUAA